AGUUGAGUGAGUGAAUGUAUAAAGAAGGUAUCUAACUUUGUUUUAGGAGGACCAACUUUGGAUAGAUUUGGAUGUUUCAAACUAUUAUAUAGUAUCGAACUUUCUAAAAUAAAAUGAUAGUUGUGCAUUUUAUUAUAUAGUAAUAACUAUUAACCAACUCCAUAGAGUGGAUGUUACAAACUUCUCUCGGGAGACGCCAAAGAAAGGGAAAUGGUUGAGCCAUUUUAUCGAACAAGUAGCAGGCAUUACCCAGAAAACGUGUUCUAAAGCAUAAUAACCAGUCAUUUUAUUUGUAAAUUAAGUGAAGUCGUGGCGUGCAUUCACUGGGACAUUGUUGCUAUCAACAGAAUGGAAGAAUUGUUGAAGAACCGCUUGUUUGCUAGUCAUGCCAUUGCUGCUGCUGGGUCAGUCACGUUAGGCACAGCUCUUACUUACCCACUUGAUACUUUCAAAGUGCUUGUCCAGGUUGGUUCCAGUUCCAAUAAACCAUUUACUUUGCAUCAGGUUUUAAAUAGAGUUCGUUCGUCAUCUGGGUAUUCCGGCUUGUAUAGUGGCUUUGGGUGGUUGACCUCUGGGAGAAUAUUUGGACUUGGAACUCGAUUUGGGAUCUAUGAGGUUUUGACAGCUUUUCAUAAAGAUGGUCGAGAAGACAAUUAUGUGUAUGUCUCUGAGGCCCUUAUGGCAGGAAUGGCAGCUGGUGCAAUGGAGGCGGUCAUCAGCUCUCCAUUUGAACUUAUUAAACUCCGUGCACAGGUUACCUCUGCAUCACGUCUUCCAAGAUCUACCUCUGUUACAGGAAAUAAAGCUGUUUCACCUCUAAUUGAUAAAUUAUUACACGGAUAUACUCCAGAUAAGAUAGCGUUGAACAAUUCUGCUGCUCUUUUGUCCACUCUAUCUGCUAAACACCCAAAUCUUGUUGGCGCCUUGCAAGAGUAUCCUUGGAUGAUGACUGGGUCUGGGAAGGCACCAUCAGUCUCUGAUGUUCAGAAGACGUCAAGCAUCAUCUCAUUGGAAGGAUGGGGUGCAUUAUGGAGAGGACUCCGGUCAGGAAUUGUUCGAGAUUCAGUUUAUGCUGGGAUUUUCUUUUCUAGCUGGCAAUUCCUGCACCGAGCAAUGCUUGAGUGGAAGGCAGUAGGGAUGAAUCCUUUACCCAGGUCUGAUGAAGAAAUUGGGCCACUCUCUCCUGUAGCUGUUAGUCUUGCAGCUGGAUUUUCUGGUCCUGCUGCUGCUGCUGCAUCUCAUUGUUUUGACACUGCUAAAAGUCGAUCACAGUGUACUGUGCUGCCCACGUAUAUUUCCAUGGAAAGGAGGCUGUUGAAAUGGAAUCGACCAGGGAAGAGGUUUGAGAGACUCACAGGGAUCCACCCGGCAGAUAGGAAUAUCUUGUUCCGUGGGAUAUGGUUGCGUAUGGCUCGUAGUGGACUAGCAUCAGUUAUGAUUGUUGGGAGCUACUAUUUGGCUGUUGAUCACCUUGUUCCAGAGUGAACCAAUGAAAAAAAAAGAAGCUAAAACGGUUUAAGAAUUUAUUUACUGAUAUUCACUGACCUCGCAUUUUUUAUACUACUGCAGUUUAAUAUCCCUUAGGAUUGCUUAGGCGAUCAAAGUCCACUACAUAAUGCAACUGGAAUCAAAUUUUCAUAUGAAUCCUGGCAAGUGAUGUAAUAAUGGGAGGUAGCUGACCAGUUGAUCUGAACAGAAUUUCUCUUAAAAGGCAUACAGGCCUCAUGUAGGUCUUUAUAUUUUUCUUUACCUGUAAGUGCUGUAGUAUUUGUUACUGCAUACCUAUCUGCUAGAGUUGGCAGGAGUUCUGUUUUCUAUUUACUAGUACUCAAAAUUUGAGCUGUAAGCUGCUUAUAUUUUUGAAGCCAAGGAUGUAUCCGCUGGAGAUGUUGUAUUAUGGACCCUUACAGGAUGCAUACUGGGAAUUCAUAUAAUCUUUAGGGCUUUUUCCAGUUGCAAGCUAAAUUGAAGCUCAGAAAAUUACUUUACUUCA